AUGGUCAGCGCGCUCGGCCAGCGGAAAGGUGUCUGGGAACCCCUCCCGCUCAUCAUCUAUGGCUACGCUGUCCAUCCGCUUUCCCCAGUCAACCGUCGCGACACCAAGCUAUCUAGCCGCACCCACCUCUCGGGCUUUACCGACGCUUCCGGAGAGGAGCAUCUCGUCCAUAGAGACGUAGUCUCCCUCGAGGUUGGCGACAACGUGUAUGCGUUCGAGAAGUACACCCCGCGAGACAAGGAGGUUGAGGGAGUAUGGUACAGAGGAUAUGUCGUAUGCACGUCUCGUCGUCCUCAGGUCAACUGGUCGAUGGCCUCAGAGCCCUCCACGUCUAGCUCGAAGAACACUCCCCGCGCAGACGAACUUCAGCAAGUGUUCAUCGGGAUCUUCCCGGCCUCCCAUAUAUUCGUCCGCGAUCAGGUCUCGGACGCGGAAGGUCGAUUGACGGAACUGUUCAAUGCUCUGAGCAGUCCAGACGACGGGAGGACGUCGGCUGAGGUGGUCAAGCACUGGAAUGAUUCCCAGAGGGGGAUGGAUCCGGUCCCCGAGGUGGAAGAAGGCGACGACACGGCGACUCGUAAGUCGUUCAAGCUCACUCCCCCGCCAGACCAAGCCCCAUCUACCCGCGCUCGUCUCCCCGUAUACCCCGCGAGCAUCCGCUCGGCCUCUCCCACGGAGUCUCAGUUCAACAAGCCCAUCCCUCCGCGUCCUACCCUCACCUCCGGAGACGACACGCUUUCUGGCACCGACCAACCUAUCAUUGACGAAAUCGCAUCCGCUCUGCGGGAAUGGCAUGCCCUCAUGUUCCAGUACCUCGCUCAACGCGACUAUGGUCUAUUCAACGUGGUCCGCGACUUCAUUGAAACUCUUCACCUUGGCCGGCGGCAGCUCCUCUCUCAAACUCUCAGCGCCGAAGAGACCGUAAACCUCCGAAGGGAUUGUGUCGCCCGUCUGGUCUCUGGAAACCUUUUGCAAGGCCUCGACAUCAUUGUUCGGCACCCUAGUUACGGCGGCCUAGUUAACGUGGACGUUGAAGGGCCCGAGAUCGACCCCCGCAGCUGGAUGAGCGCGAUCAGGAUGUAUGCGCUACAGGCCGCGCUGUCCAUGAUGGACGUACCACUCGGUCCCAACUCACCAUACAAGCUACCGCAUGUUAGCGGUUCGAUCGACUACUCUGUCUCUGCAGCACAAACACCCCUGCCCAUGUCAGCUUCAGUGCACUCUGCGUUCCCGGACCUCCCACGUCCCCGCGGCCACUCACGCCUCAUCGGUUCUCUCUCCCCUUCCACUCCCACCCCGCCCAAGGCCAAGUUCUACCAUGUGUUCUUCGACCUACGGGCGUUCGUCGCGUCACCGUGCGCUCCUGGAGAAACUGCAGAGCUUUUCUUCUCUCUUUACAAUAAGGCCGACGCUCGUUUCGUCUCGGAAGAGUUCUGCGCUAUCCUCAACCACAACGGGGUUCUUGCCCGGGAUACCUCGGUCCGCAUUCGCACGCUGUUCACGGAUCUCGUUCAGGCCGACGCUCAAGAUCCCAUUUAUCUGGUCUGCAAGAUCGUUCGCAACGGUUUGCUGAAGAUGGGCAGUAACAUGAGUUCUAUUACGGAGAACCCCAGGCAAACGAUGAUUGGCUCAAGCUACAACGUGUCGAUGUCUCCGGAUGAGUCCUACCGCAACUCGAGCUCGACGGAGCCCCCGCAGAACUUCCGUCGGCCUUUUGGCUGCGCGGUACUUGAACUGUCCCAGCUCGCGGCAAUGGCAGCCGAACAGACGGAGGUUUCGUCGACACGUGAACAUACUAUGCCGAUAUACGUCCCUGCCACCGAGACCACGUUCUCCAUGCUCCACCAGGAAUCCUCAACCACAACGGCCGAGAUGUUGGCCGUAUCGAUCAAGAUCUUCUAUGGGGACUCCGGGACAAUCGUCAAGGAGAAUUCUUCACUUUUGCAGGACACGCCCCUUACCCAGCGCUUGGGUUUCCCCGACGUAGUCUUCCCGGGAGACGUCCGGAACGAGCUCUACAUCAAGCUUUGGAGUGGCGAGUUCUCUAAUUCUCAGACGACGAGUAGACGCCAUGUUGGCUUUCCCCGCGGUUCAGUAGGCUCUGCAACAGGCAAUGUUCAGGUCACCAUGGAAGUGAAGGACCAAGACGGACGCACGAUCGACCGUGUUGUCUCUCAAUGCAGCGGUGAACCCGAAAUGACGCAGUUCCAUUCAAUGGUGUUCCAACGUACAACCCAGCCUCAUUAUGGCGAGCUCGUCAAAGUCCGCCUUCCGUUCCAGGGCGCGCAGCAGUGGCAUCUCUUCUUCACCUUCCGCCAACGCAGUUCACGCGACCGCUCAUCGAGUCGAGACCCUGCGGAACGACCCUUCGCCUUUGCGUACCUCCCACUGUUCCCCGACGGACGCGCGUUCCUGGAAGACGGGAGUCACACGCUCAUCCUCUACCGAGCCAACAACUUGCCGCAGAUCACCACUGACAUGUACCUCAACGCGACUCCCUGGCUCCCAGCUAAUCACCGCCCCGAGCAGGUGUACAUCCCACCAGAGCUGCAGAAGAUUGCCCAGCCCCUCCGCGACAGUCUCGUUGUUCGGACAUCCCUCGCUUCCACGAAGUUCACGCAGAACUCGGUGCUACUCAGUCUGCUGAACUGGGAGCAAAUUACGGACCGUGAGCUCCUCUCGACCAUCCUCAGUAAGUUCACGUUUGUCGGCGAGGUCGAGAUCGUCAAGUUCCUCCGGGACAUCUUCGACUCGCUCUUUGCCAUCCUCGUAUCCGCGAACAACCAGCAAGGAGAAAUGGACGGUCUCGUCUUCAACGCAUUGGUCACGGUCCUCGGUAUCGUGCAGGAUCGCCGUUUCAGCAACUUCCAGCCCGUUCUCGACGUCUACAUCGAGAGGCACUUCAACUGCGCUUCGGCCGCGUCUCACAUGAUUCACUCGAUGAACAGGCUCCUUCAAGAUCCCACAGCGAGCGAUACCGCAUCGUCGCUGCGCGCCGCUCUCAAGGUCUGGCACUACAUCUUCAAGUUCAUUGCGCGCUCGCGGGAGCUGCAGAAAGCAAAGGAGAUCGGAAUGGGCGGUGGCGCAACCGCGGACCACCUCGAGGCGACCUUCAAGCGAGAAUUGCGUGCCCACCUCAACGAGGUCAACAGAAUGAUGUCUACCUCCAAGCCUGCAUCUAUCAUCGGGACUCAAACGAUCGCGUUACAACACUUCACCUCCAUCCUUCCAGAGCUUGGCAAGGUAUUCCCGAUUGUAGAGCUUGUUGGGAUCGCAACGACUUUCACCAACGCUAUCCCGUCCGCCAAGGGCAAGAUCGUCAUUUGGAAGCUCAUCACAUAUCUCCAAAUCGUCAAAGGAUUCCUCUUUGACAAUGCGAAGUCGCGAAGUUUGCUGGUAGAAGCAGUCGGCAUCUGGCUCAAGACUCAAUUUGGCAAGUUCGAUGAGUUCACGCAAACACUUCCUGGCGAUACCGAGGCAGCGCGUGACGCAGCACGUGUAAGCUGGCUGGAGAGCAUCCGUCUGGCUGUCACUGUGAUCGCCAUUAUGCUCGACAAGCUGCAGCAGUGUCUCGUCGACCCCGACAUCGUUCGGGAUAACAAAGCCUUCCGACAGGAGCAGUACAACGUCGAGUACCUGCUAUCCCUCCUCCCAAGGCUGUUCGAUUCUUAUCAGGAAUACCAGAAUCCCGCGUCUCUCCGCGCAGUCGAGCGGAACCGAUCGUCCACCCCAGUCACGAACAGCUUUCCCGUCACCUUUCCAGAAUCAUAUCCCUUUUCCCUCGCGACGCAAGCGCCUAAAACCAACCCGACGUCGUCGACGUCGCUCAACAUCAAGUCCGAGUUCAGUCCAGGCCUCGGCGAGGUCGCGAUUGUGAUCCUGGUAUUGAUCCUGUCGGCACCUAAGCGCCAUGUGCAGGGCUUCCUCGAAGGGGUGCUGGAAAUCGAGGGCCGAGACCAUCUCGAGCACCUCCUGUUCCAGUUCUUCAAGGUGGCUCGGUCGAUUCUCAACAACGAGGCGUUCCCGAAGAACUGGCUCAAUGUCAACAUCCUCGCGCACCGCGUGCUGCUGAAGAUGAUGGAACCUGUUGCGUUAAUGUUCGAACGCUCCUAUGUUCCGGAUGAAGCUUCUGGUCAGCCGUUCAAAGCUGACCUCUGGAGAGAAUGCUUCGACGUGUUGUUGAAGCUGCUAUCAUCGGAGCAUCUCGUCAUCGAGGAAUUCAGCCCUCAGAAACGACGGGCCGUCUGGCGACUCGCGGGCGACAUUCGUGGAGAAGGCGCGACGCUCCUCUUGCGCCUGUGGAGUGCUCUUGGGUGGCCAGAUGAGACUGCUACGGAGGAAGUUGCUUUGGCGAGAUAUACAAACUACCAGGCAGCGUUGAACUCGCUUGUCGGGCACAUCGUCAACCUUUGUCUCAGCAACCACGACCAGCUUCGCGAGAACGCCGUACAGGUGCUCUACUGCAUGAUCAUCGCCGAGUACCACACAUCGAGGAGUUUCGAUCACAUCGAGAACGAGCUUGUGAGCAAGUUGGACACCCUUUUCAUGUCGGACAGCAAGGGCGACGACAUUUCGCGCGCCUUCUUCAUUGGGCAUCUCCGCCACCUCUUCGAUUCCUCGGACGUCGACGAAGAGCUGCGGACCCGGGUCAUGCUCUUCCUCGAUUCGGUCGACGUCUUCCUCGAACUGCUGCUCAGUGUGCGCGACCUUCCAGAAGGAGAAGAGUUUGCGGAUGAUCGGGUCAUCGCUACGCUUCGCCUGAUGAACUUCAUUCGCCGGAUCGGACGCGAUGAGAUCUACAUCAAGUAUGUUCACCAGCUCGUCAACGUAAAUGCACCUGCAAUCCCAAAUUACGUGGAAGCUGCGCUUACCCUCAAACUUCACGCGGAUCUCCACGACUGGGAUCUCAACUCCUUCACUCCGCCAAUGGAGGAUCUUGGUCUUCCCCAGCAGUCACAGUUCCAUAGGAAGGAGACACUUUGCCUGCUUAUCCUUGACUACCUAGGCAAAGGGAAAGCAUGGGAGAGCGCGUAUGAGAUUUGCAAAGACCUUGCCGCCAAACACGCGGAGGUGACGUUUAACUAUGCCCGUCUUGCUGAGAUCUUGAGGCAUCAGGCCGCACUUUUGGAGCACAUCAUCUCCGAUCAGAGAUACUACUCCGACUACUUCCGCGUGUCCUUUUACGGCAACUUCCCCUCGGCCAUCCGCAACAAGCAGUUCAUCUAUCGUGGCUACGAAUGGGAGAAAUUCGGCGCAUUCUGCGAGCGCAUGCUCAACAAACACCCCGGAGCACAACUCCUCAAGACCAUGGGCGAUCCUCCUGUGGACAUUCGUUUCGGAAACGAUCAGUACAUUCAGUGCACAGCGGUCACUCCCGAACCUCGUCGCGAACUUCCCAUCUUCACGAACCCAGACGUUCCGCCUCAAGUCCGUGCAUACUACGAGCACAGUGCAAUCAACCUGUUCAGUUACUCGAGACCCCAGUCUAAGAUUGCAGAUGGUAUGGAGGAGGUCUGGGUCGAGAAGACAUACCUCAGCACGGAGGAGUACUUCCCAACCGUUCUCCGGCGCUCCGAAGUGGUCGACACUCAGGUCGUCAACAUCUCCCCGGUAGAGACUGCUCUUCUCGAGGUUGAACAACGCACACGCGAAUUGGCUGGUUUCAACCAGAAGUACUCCUCUUUGGCCAAGACCGCACAGCACGUCUCUACAAAUGCGCUUGCGAUGAGUCUGAACGCGGCGGUUGAUGCUCCCUUGAACAGCGGAGUCGGUGCCUUCCGACAAGUCUUCCUCUCCGACAACUAUGUUCAGAGGUACCCGGACCGAGCGGAGCAAAUCGAGAAGCUGCGCAACGCGAUUGAUGAGCAGGUGCGUUCCAAGGUCCACAUGAUCUACAGCUGCCUCAAGCUGCAUGGACAGUUAUGCCCUCCGGAGAUGCUCGCAUUCCAUGCCACUUUGGAAAAAUUCUUCCAGAAGAACUUCGCGGACGAGAUCCAGCCCACGCGCUGUUGGUGCUGUUCCACCUCUGCUCGUCUGCCACCAUCAACGGCACUCCCAUCCCCCAACUACACCAGCCUCUCGACUCAACCGCUUAACGUCGGGCCGAUCCAUGUGGGAAUGACGUCCAGUGCUCCGUCUCCGCUUUCGCCGCGCUCGCAUGAGCAAGCCCUGCCUGUCGCAGAGGCGCCUUGGAUGAAACAAACGCCUCUCCAACGACACCUCGCCCACCUUGCGCGCCACGGCUUCAACGGUGACUCUUUCUCAGAGGAGUCGCCCCGAAACUCCGUUGUGACAGUGGGCAAUCACCCCGUGCCCAACUUCUCGGGCGCUGCAUCUGUGACGGUCUCGACGUUGGGCAGCAUGGGGUCUAUCAAGGGACGGUUCUCGAAGUUCGGAAGUCUCAAUUUCGGCCGGCGGGAUCAGUGA